AUGGUGAGGCUCAGGGCGAGUCUCUGGGUUCUCUUCUUCUUCUUGUCAAUUUCGAUUCAGUUAAAGGGUUCGUUUGGAUCUGAAUCAAGUAAGGAAGCUUAUGUCACACUUUUGUAUGGAGAUGAGUUCUUAUUGGGAGUUAGGGUAUUGGGGAAAUCGAUUCGUGAAACUGGAUCCAACAAAGAUAUGGUCGCUUUGGUCUCUGAUGGUGUCUCCGAUUACUCUAAGAAGCUACUCAAGGCUGAUGGAUGGAAAGUAGAGAAGAUUAGUUUACUGGCAAAUCCAAACCAAGUUCAUCCGACAAGGUUCUGGGGUGUUUAUACAAAGCUCAAGAUCUUUAACAUGACAGAUUACAAAAAAGUUGUGUAUCUUGAUGCUGAUACUAUUGUGGUAAAGAACAUUGAGGAUCUGUUUAAGUGCUCUAAGUUUUGUGCAAACUUGAAGCAUUCCGAGAGACUCAACUCUGGUGUUAUGGUUGUUGAACCAUCUGAAGCUCUUUUUAAUGAUAUGAUGCGUAAAGUGAAGACUUUGUCGUCUUAUACUGGAGGAGAUCAAGGGUUUUUGAAUUCGUACUAUCCUGAUUUCCCAAAUGCUCGUGUUUUCGAUCCUAGUUUAACCCCUCAAGUAUUGAAAACCAGACCACUUCCUGAUAUGGAGAGGCUUUCGACAUUAUACAACGCUGAUGUUGGUCUUUAUAUGCUUGCUAAUAAGUGGAUGGUCGAUGACAGUAAACUUCACGUUAUUCACUACACUCUAGGUCCUCUUAAGCCUUGGGACUGGUGGACAGCGUGGCUUGUGAAACCUGUUGAUGCUUGGCAGAACAUUAGGGUAAAGCUUGAGGAAACUCUUCCUGGCACUGGAGGUGGCAAAAACCAGAGCGAUGAAGUCUUAGUCAGAUUACUUUUCUUGUUACCUCUUUGUGCACUUUUGUUCUGCAUUUACCGAUCCAUUCAGGGUCCUGAGGGUUCGUUGUGCAGGAGCUCGUUGUGCAAUCAGAUUAAAUAUCUUUAUUACAGAGGUAGAUCUAAUGGAACACUUGGUUAUAGUGAUGUAUCUACAUUGUCGACCAUGAAUCCCAGCUAUCAACUUCACAGUGGCAACGCACACUCCAAGGUUCCUCAACACUUAGGCGCAGUUUCAGUUGUAGUCUGUUUUACUGCUGUUCUUAUAUCCAUUGGAGUUUCAUUUGUGAUUGUGCCGAGGCAAAUUAUGCCAUGGACUGGCUUGAUCUUGGUAUAUGAAUGGACUUUUACAAUGUUCUUUCUUUUGUUUGGUUGCUUCUUGCUUUUGGUGCAUCAACAUGGCAAGAAAGUCACAAUUCAUACAGAACCGUCGUCCUUGGAUGAUUCCAGUAAAGGUCAUCAGCGAGGAGGUGUGUCUUGUGACGUGACCACAUUGUAUUAUGGAUUAGGGAUGGUUUUUCUCGCUGUUGCUGCUGUUUCUUUGCCUUACAUUUUAGGGAUCACCGCUUUAUUUACGAGGUUGGGUCUAAUGGUGGGUGUAGCCAUAAUUCUAGCUGCCUUCAUGACUUAUGCUUCAGAGCAUCUUGCGAUCAGAUGGUUCUUGAAAGGUCUAGAAGACCGUCGUGACACUUCGAGAUCAAAAUCCAUCUGCUGA